GCACCAGCUCCCCACCCCAUGGCUCCUCCCAGCCCCAGCACAAACAGCAGCAGCAACAACAGCAGCAGCAACAGCAGCGGGGAACAGUUGAGUAAAACCAACCUGUACAUCCGAGGUCUCCCACCAGGCACCACGGAUCAGGACCUAAUCAAGCUGUGCCAACCGUAUGGGAAAAUAGUGUCCACAAAGGCAAUUCUCGACAAAAACACAAAUCAGUGCAAAGGUUACGGGUUUGUAGAUUUCGACAGUCCUGCAGCCGCCCAGAAAGCAGUAGCAUCUCUCAAGGCCAAUGGGGUGCAGGCACAGAUGGCCAAGCAACAAGAACAAGACCCAACAAACCUAUACAUCUCCAAUCUCCCUAUUUCCAUGGAUGAGCAGGAGCUGGAGAACAUGCUGAAACCCUUUGGGCACGUCAUUUCCACAAGAAUCCUAAGAGACGCCAAUGGAGUUAGCAGAGGCGUUGGCUUUGCCAGAAUGGAGUCUACUGAAAAAUGUGAAGUGGUAAUUCAACAUUUUAAUGGGAAAUACCUGAAAACACCACCAGGCAUCCCUGCCCCCAAUGAGCCUUUAUUAUGCAAAUUUGCGGAUGGAGGACAAAAGAAGAGACAGAAUCAGAGCAAAUACACCCAGAAUGGGAGGCCUUGGCCCAGAGAAGGAGAGGCUGGGAUGGCUCUGACCUAUGACCCCACAGCCGCCAUACAGAAUGGAUUUUAUUCUUCACCGUACAGUAUCGCAACCAGCCGCAUGAUUCCACAGACAUCUCUCACGCCAUUCAUUGCUGCCUCCCCUGUCUCCACAUACCAGGUCCAGAGUACUUCAUGGAUGCCUCAUCCGCCAUACGUUAUGCAACCAACAGGUGCUGUGAUUACACCAACAAUGGACCAUCCUAUGUCGAUGCAGCCAGCGAACAUGAUGGGCCCCCUGACACAACAGAUGAAUCACCUUUCGUUGGGUACCACAGGAACAAUUCAGUCCCAAGACAGGAUCAUGAUACUCCACCAGCUGUUGUGUCAGUACAUGACUGCUGCCGCUCCUAUGCAAGGGACCUACAUUCCCCAGUACACGCCUGUGCCUCCGACAGCUGUCUCUAUUGAAGGUGUCGUUGCUGAUACCUCUCCCCAGACAGUGGCACCAUCAUCCCAGGACACCAGUGGUCAGCAGCAACAGAUAGCAGUGGACACGUCCAACGAACAUGCACCUGCAUAUUCUUACCAACAGUCUAAACCCUAAAGUGGACUGAAGACGGUCCGCCUGACACUUUGCCUUGAAUGAAGAAACUUCAUUGAACAAGAAGUUGGCUUCCAGUUUGCACAGGCAUCAACCGAAUGCUUUUGGGUUUUAAUUUUUAUUUUUUUAAUUUUCUACUUUAUCCAAUGAAAAACAAAGCAUUUUUAAUGUGCUGUGCAAAUGGUUCCUUCAUGUGGUCUGACAGUUGUUGUUUUUGCCAUCUUUUUUUUUUAAUAAAGAAAGAAAUCCCAGAAGAGGAGGAAAACAAACGAGCCAAGCAACCCUACAAAGAUAGAAAGUUGGCGUUUUAUCUAGAGGAACAUGUGAAGUCAGAAUUACUGAAGGUGUAGAUAGAUUGUUUUUUUCUUUCUCCUUUAAAACCUAAUGUCAACAGGUGGGAAGAAUUUGUCUUCCUCAGCAAUUAAGCUACUCUUUCUCUCUUUUCCUUGUUUAAAUCUAGUAAGGUUUUCAUUGUUGUUGUUGUUGUUUUAUUUUUUGUCAUUGUUUUUCUUUCAAAAGUUUAGGUAAGAUUUAUCUUGACUCUUAAUUGCCUUAAUUUUAAGGACGUCAAAGGCUCUCGAGGCAAGCUGUCAACGUCUUGGUAAAAAAAAUCAAGGAAGAAUUGAAAUAUUGUGCCAGUUUUAACUGGCACAGAAGUCUAAGACUAUGAGUUUUUAGGGUGAAAAAAACUGUACAGUUUAAGAGAAAAUGCUUUUCUUCAUUUGAAGAAAAUUUGUUGAUAAAAGAAACCAUGGCAACCGCAAAAAUUGGGAAAAUGCUGGGACUUUUCAUGAACUUUGUCUUAACUGUUGACACAAAUCAUUCUAGAAGGCUAAAAACAUUUUAUGGUAAAGUUAUUAAUGUUGGUUUAAAAACAACUGCAUUAGAAAUAAUGCGUGUUUGGGGGGCAGAAUGCAGAUUUUUUUAAUUUACAAAGCGUGAUUGCUAGCAAAGCAUUAGUGCUUUUUAUCUGCAGUCUUUUUUAUGAGCUUUACAAAGUUUUUAGUCAGCUUUGCUUGUCACAUUGCAAAACUUAGCUUAAGAGCAUUAAAAAAACAACAAAAAACUUAAGUAGAUAGGAGCUUAUGGUCAAAAAGUGCAAAAAACAAAAAACAAAAAAAAAGCAAUAGAUAGAGAAAUUGUUGACAAUUUCUGUAGUCUUUCCUAGUUGUGAUCAAAUUUAGCCUAUGGAUGGCCGAUUUUAUACCAAAGAUGAAGUGACACCUAUUGCAGUCCAGAAGAUAGAGGUUGUUUUUCCUUUUCCUUUUCCUUUUUUUAAAAAAUUUAUUUGACCUACAUGGCCGGACCAGUUCCUACUUUGUGUUUGUUUAAACUAUCUUCCACUGGUGUUUUACAUACUGCAAAAAAAAAAAGGAUUGUCUGUUUGGUUUUUUCCUCACGUACAUUUGUUGAUAGUAGAAGCUUGGAUUUACUAUCGUCGGCAGUCCCGGAUGAAGAGUUACGGACACCAACUGAUACGGCUAACUGGCUCUAACUUCUCAGAGUGUCUCUGGUUCCUCGCUAGCUCUCUGGAAUAGUAAAGCCUAGACCGAUGACCACCGUUAAGUCCAGACACUUGUUUUAACAGGUUGGGUUUUCUUUCUGUAAAUUUAAACUGAAGACACUUCCUGAACCUGGUCUGAAAGGUCAUUUGUUUAAAAAGCGUAGUGACGUUCUGUGCAAUGGUGAAAGGUCUCCUGAAAAAGGUCACAUUGUAUGUGUAAAGACAGUCUUCCUUUAAAUUCUGACGCCUCUGGUUUUGUCUCCUGACCUCGGUCUUUGUCAUCAUCGAGCAUGAAGAAUCACUUUCGUUCUCUAGUGAGGGAGGGAGGAAAUCUUUUUGCCCCUUUCUACUGUAUUUCCAUAUCCUGGUAUUGCCAGAAAGAAGAUAAAAUAGACUUUUUUAUUUUCAUUUAUCUCUCUGAGGCAAAUAGGACCAAUAAAGAUUGAGUAUUCGAUUACUGGAAUUUAGAUAAGUUCUUAAAAUGCUGGUUGACAAUCAAGAAAUUAUGUGAUUUAUAUCAAUAAGAACCAAAAGAAUUAGGUUUAAUCAAUCAUUAAGCCAAAGGAGAGAUAUUUGCAUUUAGAAUGAUGCAAAAUUUUGUCUCAACUAAAUUCAAUCAACUUCCCUGGAAGAUAAUCUCUGCCUAUUUGAUUCAUAAAAUCCAUAUUCAAUCUGUACAGCUUUACCUGAAAUUAAGGGCAAUGCAAUUUUGUUAGUUGAAUCAUUCAGUAGAAUCGCUUUCUGAAUGAAUCAUUAGAAUCAAAUGGAUGAAACUUUUCAAGAAGUCACAAAAACUUGCCUUCAUCCGGAAGACAUUCAGUGCACUACUAAAGAAAGGAGAAUAGACUUUCAAAAACCAAAAUCCAAAAGGUAAAUAAUGUCUUUUGAUAUGAAUGAGUUGAAACGAGUAACGAGGGUUCGUUGUUGGAAAUAGUCAAUAUUUCACUAUUGCUGACCUAUUAAAUACUGAACAAUGCACCAGUCUUGAUAUAGACCCUGGUUCUCUUAAGUGCAACCCCAUAAGAUGAAAACUCGAAUCUGAAGAAGUGGUCCAUAUCUUUGCAGUUAAAUCAGAUACAAAAGUGGAUCCAGAAAACAGGGAAAUUCCAACUGGCUUCCUCCCCCUUCCUUACAUUUCCUAUGCUUUAGAGAGAGUCUUACAUUUAUACUUUUUUUUUCCUGUUCAUCUUUCACCUCCUCAUGUAUUCUAAGGGUGGCACUUAACUUUGAUCUUUGAUCAGUGGGACCCCAAGGUAGAGGGAGUAUAAAAAAACAUAGAUAGAAACCUUGUAUUCUAUUCUUUUCACUUUGGCGUCUUUGUAUCAAUAAGGACUGUCCUGGGCAUGGUUCAUUUGAUUAUGAAACCAACACAUUUUCACUUGUGAAAAGAUGAUUCAUGUGAUACAAAGAAAGUCUCAUGUACACAAUCACUAAUGAGGCUAAGAGGCAGCUACCAUGUGGCUAAUGAAUGUGCCUAGGUAACUUCCUGUUUCUAAUCAGAACUGCUGCUUAAUUUAUACAUUCAGAAGUUUUUUUUUCAACUAGGGAAUUUCAGUAAUCUACAUUUUGUUAAGCCACUUCAGGCAGGAGAAAACAAUUCUACCUGUCGUUUAUGUGUCCACAUAUUUUGUGUUUGGAUUGUUCACAUCAUGCCAUUCUGUAUAUAUUAUUUCAAACUAAAAGAACCCCCCCAAAAUGGGAAAAAAUGGCACACGUUCAAACCUCUCCUUUUAUCUGUCAUUUUAUCGUAUCAGAAUCAAAUCUGGGUAAAACAAAAAAACAAAAAUCAAAUCAAACAUCAACAGGUAAGCAACACUGUAGUGUAUGAAAAAUAAAGCAAACCAAUACAUGUGUUCUAUAAAUCAGACAAGACUCCUAACUUUAUCCUCAUUAUAUAUGAUGGUGAUUUUAAAUUUCAGAGUAUAAACAUUUGUAAAACGUUGAAGUUAAUUUUUCACCUGUUCUGGUUCACCAAACUUUCAAACAUUGAUUCAAAUGUUUCCCUUUCUCCUUUUGACUUUAACUACUGCCAAGACAUCGUCUAAACAUCAGGAAACAAACGAAAGCCACAGUUCAAAUGGGAUAAAUGGAAUCUCAACCAAACUCUAGCUAUCUGGUCAGUGGAAGCGUAGAUUCCCUCUGACUAAUGGUCAGGAGAUGUCCAGAGAGGCAAAGCUCGCACGGUUAGUGAGAACUCCCUGAUGUGUGCCAUUUCUUCCAAAGGAAAUGGGAGCUUCUAAUAGAUCUAAAAGUAACUGCUGGUCCGUGGUGGUGAGAGUGUGUCUUAGAACACCAGCAUGCUGUAAAAUUGUCAUGUGGCAUAAUAUUCUCAAAGCAUCCUCUACCUGACUCCUGUUGCCAAGGGAUAGUUUGUUGCUUUGGGAGAUUUCAGCUUUUCAGAAUAUUGUUUCUACGCUUCGCUUGAAUCAAUUCUUUCUGUGAUCUCAGCGGAUCUGCCACAGGUCUUGACAGCAUAUAAAACUCACUUCUACGCUCUUCUAAUGCAAAACUAUAAGGUGGUGAAAACACUCACACUAGAAAUUGAAAGCUGAGAGUCAAAAGGCUCGCUAUCAGAGGACAUUUAUGUAAUGUCACCACACCUAGAGAAUACAUCAUUGAGCCCUUGUGAAACUGCUUGCAAGUCUCCUGCCACCGUGUUGAUCCCCAAAAGUUUUCCUCUCCUCAAAUUUAUUGUAAAUAAUUGGGAUGUCUACAAUGGCCCAAUUAAUUUUUUCUUCGUUAAUGAAAAAUGGAACUCAGUUUACGCAGGGACUCGUGCAGUCUCUUUCUUGAUUGAAUGGGCUGGCUACACAGAUUAAUAGGAGUCUAAAAAUGCAUUUGACAACUCCAUCUUCAUUGGAGUGCAUGAACCACCCCGAUGAGCUUCUAAAUACAGAGAAACCCUUCCGUGGUUUCAGUGUUGAAUGUCUUUGACUAUGAUUUCAUAUUACAGUGACAUCCACGGGUGUGCAACAACAUCCGGCCCACGUGAGGAAUCGCACACCCUCAUCAAAGUGUACUUUAAGCGUGCCAUGACCUUGAGCUGGAUUCCUGUGUCGCGUGGGGUGUCUAGGAGUUGUGUUUGUUCAUGGUAUUGGGGCUGGCCGGCCUCAGCAGUUUGAGCUCACUGGGACUGACAGCUUCUCACUUCAAUCUGAGGGAUUGACAGCAUUUAAACAAGCUCGUCGGUUCUGCCCAUCCUACCCUUCCUGUCACAGAGCGAUCAUGGCAUCUCACUAAUGAAUACAUUUUGUUUUAUGAGUGAUAUCCACUGUGGCAUCAGAAGACCGUUUGGUCUAGCUCACGUUGAACAUUUCUGUCCAUGCAUUCUUAAGUAUUAUAUUGGUCCCUUAACCCAAGUGCGCCUCGUGUUGAUUGUCCUUCGUGGGUAACAUCGAUUCCAGGAAAGUACACAAGCUAAAUCCCUGAGCGAACCCAAGGACCUUGUAUGAUGGGGAGAGGAGCCUCUGCCCAUUAGUGAUUUCUUCUCUUUUCAAUCUCGUAACCCAACAUAUAAAAGUUCACUCCGUCACAAUGGAACAAUAGCUUCUUAAAUAUUUAUUUCUCUAAGAGGAACUAUUUAAAAGCUAUUUCCACUCAGAAAGAUUUAAGGGGGCACUGAGGUAGAAUCAACCAUGGAACUUGAGGAAGAAUCUCCAGGCCACUGAGUCACGCUUGAAAUUUCUCCCAUUUUAUUCGCUGCAGUUAGUAACUGCCCAGCAUUCUGAAUCUUGCAGCAAUGCAAUCCCUCUCAAUUUUGGAAGGGCUAAUAGCUAUGUUGUGGAUUUGUUCUUUCCUCCCCACUUUUCUAUUUUCUUUCAACCAUGAGUAUGAGGCCUUUGGCUCCACUUGCUUUUGUUAACAUUUCACCCUGAGGGUGGAAAAAGAAACCAAUUGGAGAUAAAAUUGAAUUUAGUCUCUCUCUCUUUUUAAAAUUAAGUAAUGAUUUAUCAUGACGGAUUUUAAAUCAUUGGUAAAAUUCAGGUCAGUGUUUUAUGUACUAUGGAUUUACAUAAUUAUCCAUAAUGUUCCUUUCCCACCCACAGCAGAGAAUUGCGAGUUGGCUGUAUUUUUGCAGAAUUUCAAGGAAAAACUAGCAAACCCUUUGGCUUCCCUCAAAAGGAGGUGGCUGGGAUUUCAAUUAUGCUGCUGAGUUUUAAAUCAAUAGGAAAGGGAGUCAACUCAAAUUUUGUUACAAGAAUAUAAUAGCAGCUCUUAGUUAAAUACACAUUCUUAGCCCUCUUAACUCUUUGACAAAAAGCUUUAUUUUAUUUUUAUUAUUUUUACUUUGUUUUACUGUAUGCAGGCUAAGGCUAAAUGGCUUUGACACUCCAGUGGAUAUUUUAUGAUCACUUUAAAUAAUGUCCUGAGGGUAACUUCAGAGUUAUACUUUGUAAUUUAAACCCUCUGAUCUUAGAUUAUUACUAAAGAUGCUCUGUCACCAUGUCCCCAAAGUGUUAUCUCCACAUCUCUAAAAAGGAGCAAUCCCAUACUUUCCAGGAACUGUAAAAAAUCAUUUUAAGGAGGCACCUGACAAAGUCUUCAUCAUUCUGGAAAAUAAUGACCUCCAUUUACUUAAAAAAGAAGAAUUUAAAUGAAUCGUAAUUUUAAAAGUAAUAUGUAGAAGUGAAUUUGCUAUGAAAUAUUUCAUUUCUAAGAAAAAAAUGGGACACGGUUUCUUUUCAAAUUCUUAUUUCAGGCCAUAUUCUACUGGAACUUUGGAACAUCAUUCAAUUUGAAUUUUAUUUAAGAGCAUUUUUGUACAACCCUCUCUGUCAUGGAAAGUUCUGUAAUUCUACGGUGUUUCCGGUUUUAUCUUAUUCUGUUCAUAUGUACCACAGUCAAAUUAGCUGCCACUUCCCCCUGCUCCUUGGGCUUUCUGUAGAUCAGUGGAUGUUAGGUUUAAACUUCUGUUUUCUUUGAUGAAGCUUUCAAUAAAAAAUGAAAAUAAAACCAA